UGUCUGAGCAUUGCUGUCAGUGUUGUUGUGUCCAUUAAUCCUGGCCCCUAAUCUGUCACGAAGUAUUUUGGGUGGGAGCUGAAUGAGGGUCUCAAUUCUUUCACUGUUCGCGUGAGAGUCGGUGCUGUUCAGAAGUUCGUCCUCAGUGCAGGUCAACAGCUGUUGGAGUCAUGUCAGCUUUUCUUCAUCACUGCCCAUUCCUAAAGUCCACUCCUGGUCCAUCUCUAAGGAAUGUGACUGCAUACCUUGGCUUGGCUGACCGAUGUCCCAUCAUUGUCCGCCAGAUGUCUAUUAAAGCCACCCAGUCUGUUGAUGAAAACGGUCUGCUCCCUCAUAAGGAGCCAAAGAGACAGCUGGCCACCACUGCAACCCAGGUGGCGAUCUCCAUGUCCAAGGGCUGUCCUUUUGUCUCCUCCAAGAUCGGAUUGGUUAAAGCCAGUCCACAGGUACAAGAGGAUGUUCAGGCAAUGCAGAUGAAUGAAGCCAAUGAUUCAGGCAUGAUGAACUCGCUGUUCAAUGGUUUACAAAGUUAUCACUCCCUUGGUCUUACACACCUUCUUCAAGACAACAUUGCUCAGCCGAGUUUCGGCUAUGAUGACUUCUUCACUCAGAAGAUUGUGGAGAAGAGGAACGAUCACACCUACCGUAUCUUUAAGACGGUGAACCGUUCUGCUGAGGUUUUCCCUUUUGCUGAGGAUUACUCUGUCCCAGGACGCACGAGCUCCCAGGUGUCUGUGUGGUGCAGUAAUGAUUACCUUGGCAUGAGUCGUCAUCCCCGCGUGGUCAAUGCUAUACAAGAGGCUUUGGAAAAACAUGGUGCAGGAGCCGGUGGCACCAGGAAUAUAUCUGGCACAAGUAACUAUCACGUGGCCCUGGAAACUGAGCUGGCCCGUCUACAUCAGAAAGAUGGAGCACUGGUCUUUUCUUCCUGCUUUGUGGCAAACGAUUCAACCCUCUUUACUUUGGCUAAAAUGCUUCCAGGCUGUGAGAUUUAUUCAGACAUGGGUAAUCAUGCCUCCAUGAUCCAGGGCAUCAGAAACAGCGGUGCCAAGCGUUACAUUUUCCGACACAAUGAUGCCAGUCACCUGGAAGAACUACUCAGUCGUUCAGACCCCCUUACUCCCAAAAUCGUAGCCUUUGAGACUGUGCAUUCAAUGGACGGUGCAAUUUGUCCACUUGAGGAGCUGUGCGACGUUGCACACAAAUAUGGAGCUCUGACUUUUGUGGAUGAGGUUCACGCUGUCGGCCUCUAUGGGGCACAUGGAGCGGGUGUGGGAGAAAGAGACAACGUCAUGCACAAAAUCGAUAUUGUCUCUGGAACUCUAGGAAAAGCGUUUGGCUGUGUUGGUGGGUACAUAGCCAGCACCGCCGCCCUGGUGGACACUGUGCGCUCCUACGCGGCUGGCUUUAUCUUUACUACCUCCUUGCCUCCCAUGGUGCUGGCGGGGGCUUUGGAGUCGGUGCGUGUGCUGAAGAGCCCAGAAGGUCAAGCUCUACGCAGAUCUCAUCAGAGGAACGUCAAAUACAUGAGACAGCUGCUGAUGGAUGCCGGGCUGCCUGUGAUUAACUGCCCCAGUCAUAUCAUUCCCAUACGGGUUGGAAAUGCAGCGAAAAACUCAGAGGUGUGCGAUAUUCUGUUGGAGAAACACAAUAUCUAUGUGCAGGCCAUAAAUUACCCAACAGUGGCUCGUGGAGAGGAGCUGCUCCGACUGGCUCCAUCUCCUUUCCAUAACCCAAUUAUGAUGAAAUACUUUGUUGAAAAACUCUUGGACGUCUGGCAGGAGGCGGGGCUACCGCUAAACGGACCAGCAAUGGCUUCUUGCACUUUCUGUGAACGUCCUCUCCACUUUGACCUCAUGAGUGAGUGGGAGAAGUCUUACUUUGGAAACAUGGAGCCAAGAUACAUCACUGUGGCAGCACAGUGAAUCAUCCAAUCACCAGACCAAGAUGGCGAAGAUCUGUUUUAUCAGAUUCAAUUGACACUUCAAAAAGUUUGACAUUUAUCAUUUAUUUCAUGGUAGCUAAAAUAAAUGUUAAGAAUGCUCAAAUAAGUAUUUUAUGCACUGUUUAUGGCAGUUUAAAGCAUUUCUGUGUAGUUUGUUGUGCCUGCUAUUAAUGAUGCAAUAAGAAUUCAUAUACAGUAAAUGUACUACUGAAAUAUAGUUAUUCACACUGGCUAAAUUCCCCGUAAUUGUGUGUUCCCUUUGCAUGACAACAAACCUGCACAUGGGCACUUUUGGUAAUGUAUUUGAAUUCAAGUGUAUAUUACAUUUAUUCAUUUCUUCACUUGUUUAAGCUAUCGUAUGUACACAUGAAUCAGCAUGUUUAAUAACAGUUUACACUGAAACCAUAUACACUGAGGCCAAUAUGUCCUGUUUGUGUUUUUGGACCUUGAAUUUAAAUUGAUAAAUUCUGAA